CCAACCAAUCAGGGCUGGCCCAGAGUUAUGUGUGUUGCUAGGUGUGGUUUAACUAGUUCUUCAUAAAAAUCAGGACUUCAGUUUUGCAGCCCUUCCACCUCAAGCUCAUAAAUUGUCAGCUUCUUUCUACAGAAACAGAAGAAACUGAGGUCAUCAUGUCUUUUAUGCAAGAAUUUCUCGCCAAUGCAAAAUUUUUGGAAGAUGGUGGGCACGCCCCAUGCACUGCCGAGGAGUCUGGACCAUCCCUCAAAGCAACUUCUGGAUUAAAUCCGGCUCAGGAUGCAGCGAACCUGGAAAAAGCCAUGAAAGCUAAAGGUGUGGAUGAAGGCCCAAUCAUUGAAAUUUUGACCAAUAGAACCAACUGUGAGCGCCAGCAAAUCAAAACUACUUAUCAGCAACAAACAGGCAAGUGUUUGGAUGAUGCGCUAAAAAAAGCCCUUUCAAGCCAUCUGGAGGAGGUUGUUUUGGCAUUGAUGAAAACCCCUGCCCAAUAUGAUGCCCAUUGUUUGAAGGGUGCUGUCAAGGGUCUUGGAACAGAUGAAGCUACCUUGAUUGAAAUUCUAGUAUCACGGGACAACCGGGAGCUCAGAGAAAUCAACAAAGUUUACAAAGAAGAGUUUAAAAAGGAACUUUCAAAAGAUGUCGCCUCUGAUACAUCUGGAGACUUUCAGAAAGCUCUUCUUGCACUUAUCAAGGGUGAGCGCAGUGAGAGCACAGCAGUUAAUGAAGAGCAAGCUGAUAAUGAUGCAAGGGCAUUAUAUGAAGCUGGAGAAAAACGUAAAGGAACAGACGUUCCUACAUUCAUAAACCUUCUCACUUCAAGGAGCAUCCCACAUCUCCGCCAAGUCUUUGCAAGAUAUUCCAGAUAUAGCAAAAACGAUAUGACUAAGGCUCUUGACCUGGAGUUAAAAGGAGACAUUGAGAGCUGUCUGAUUUCACUUGUAAAAUGUAUAGUAAGCAAACCAGCGUAUUUUGCUGAGAGAUUCUACCUGGCAAUGAAGGGUUCAGGAACCAAGCACAAGGAUUUAAUUAGACUGCUGGUUUCUCGCAAUGAAAUUGACCUAAAUGAAAUCAAAACUCACUAUAAAAGGCUUUAUGGAAAAUCCCUGCGGCAAGCUAUUAAGGAGGAAAAACUGAAAGGAGACUAUGAGACUAUUGUCUUGGCAUUGUGUGGACCUGACAACUAAAUUACCUAGCUCUAUAUACAAGAGGUCACUAUGCGUUUCUUCUGUCACUUGAAAAUUUGCCAUUUUUCCAAAAUCAUGUAAACUCUAUUGUUAUAUUCACAGCAACAAUGACUAACAAAUUUUGUAUCUAACAAUAAAUGUAAACAUU